UGAAGGGAGGGGAAGGUUUUUUUAAAAAAAAACUUGGAAACUUCUGCCCAGAAAGCCAUAGCAAAGAUUCAAUUGGGCUGUUUCAGUGUCAGUGCGAGGUUUUCUAUUUCUCUCUUCCUUCCCCCUCCCCUUAACAAUUUAAAUUAUUUCCCCUUCCCCUUAUGGUUUAACCCUUCGUAACCCCGCCCCGGGCUGAUGUUUGUGGAUUGUGUUGGCUGCCGGUUAAAGUUGAAAGCCGAUGAAGGAGCGGGCUGUCCGGAACAGUGGUGAAAAAAGAUAAAAGAAAAAGUCAGAUGUUCCCUAGUUUACCUGAAGGCAUGGCCUUGAAGCUGGCAUAUAAAGGUUGAUCUUCCCAAGAAGAGUGAAAGUUGGAAUCCUGGUUUUAAAAGUUUAAUCAUGACGACGAAGCGUAAUUUGUUUGGACGACUGGUGCCAUGCCGUUGUCUCCGGGGUGAAGAGGAAGCAGUCACUGUGUUGGAUUAUUCUCACUGCAGUUUAGAACAAGUACCCAAAGAAAUCUUCCCUUUCGAUAAGACUUUGGAGGAACUUUAUUUAGAUGCCAACCAGAUUGAAGAACUUCCAAAGCAACUGUUCAAUUGCCAGUCACUACACAAGCUGAGCAUGCCCGAUAAUGAUCUCAGUGUGUUGCCAGCUUCCAUUUCAAAUCUCAUCAAUCUCAGGGAACUAGAUGUCAGCAAGAAUGGAAUUCAAGAAUUUCCAGAAAAUAUCAAAAACUGCAAGGUCCUCUCUGUUGUUGAAGCCAGUGUAAACCCUAUUUCAAAGCUUCCUGAUGGCUUCACACAGUUAUUGAGUCUGACACAGCUUUAUCUAAAUGAUGCCUUUUUGGAGUUUUUGCCAGCAAAUUUUGGAAGAUUAACUAAACUGGAGAUAUUGGAGCUGCGAGAAAAUCAACUCAAGAUGCUUCCAAAAACCAUGAGCAGACUGACCCAGCUGGAGAGAUUAGAUUUGGGAAGCAAUGACUUCACAGAUGUGCCUGAAGUGUUGGAACAACUGAGUGGACUGAAGGAGUUAUGGAUGGAUGGCAAUAGACUUGCAGUGCUCCCUGGGUUCAUUGGCAAAUUAAAGCAGCUGACUUAUCUGGACAUUUCCAAGAACAACUUGGAGAUGAUUGAUGAUUCCAUUUCUGGGUGUGAGAAUCUACAGGACCUCUUGCUGUCCAGUAACGUGCUUCAACAGCUACCCGACUCCAUUGGUUCCCUUAAAAAGCUCACUACACUUAAAGUGGAUGAAAACCAAUUAAUAACUUUGCCAGACUCUAUUGGAGGGCUGUCCUGUUUAGAAGAACUUGAUUUCAGUUUUAAUGAAAUUGAAGCUCUACCUCCUACAAUUGGGCAGUUACAGAAUCAAAGAACACUUGCUGCAGAUCAUAAUUUCAUUACAGAUCUUCCAUCAGAGAUUGGUAACUGCAAGAAUGUGACUGUACUGUUCCUGCAUUCCAACAAGUUGGAGUAUUUGCCCGAGGAAAUGGGAGAAAUGCAGAAAUUGAAAGUUAUUAAUCUCAGUGACAACCGAUUAAAGAAUCUGCCAUUUACUUUCACAAAAUUGAAUGAGCUAACAGCGAUGUGGCUGUCUGAAAAUCAGUCCAAACCACUUAUUCCCCUUCAGAAAGAGGUGGAUGCAGAUACUCAGAAGCAAGUACUCACAAACUACAUGUUCCCUCAGCAGCCCAGAACAGAAGAUGCGUUGUUCAUCUCGGAUAACGAAAGUUUCAAUCCUUCACUGUGGGAGGAACAGAGGAAGCAGCGGGCUCAGGUGGCUUUUGAGUGUGAUGAGGAUAAGGACGAAAGAGAAGCACCGCCACGGGAAGGUAACUUGAAAAGGUAUCCAACACCAUAUCCUGAUGAGCUCAAAAACAUGGUUAAAACUGCACAGAGUGUGGUACAUAGAUUAAAGGAUGAUGGGAAUUCAGACGACUCUGCUCCUGAAAUGAAGCCUAUCGAUGACCGAUCAGUCACAACAAAAAAUUCUGCAGAGGUAAAAGACAAUGCAGUCGAAUUCAACAAAUCAUCAGAAAACAUGGAACUGAAUAUGGUGGAAAACUGCAUAAGCAAAACACCUGAGCAAGAACUGAGCAGCAAUGUGAAAGACGUACAGAUCAACGCAGUUGUGGAUGAUUCCGAGGUUAUAAAUAAACCCACUAAUGAUAUCCUUGAGGAUUCUGAAAAUACUACUUCGGAUGAAGAGAUGAAGGUGGCAGAAUUAAGACCACCCUUGAUUGAAAUACCAAUUACUCAACCAAAAGUAGUUGCACUGAAUAAAGAGAAAAGAGAUGAUGCUGACUCUUUACUUGAGGAUAUAAUCCCAAAUAGUAAUCAAAACAACAGUAAUUGUUCAACACCGUCUAGGAUAUCAGAUACCGUUUCCUUCAACACAGGAAGCAGCCAGGAGACUUUGCAGUCUACACCAGACAGAGAUCUGAAAACUACCGUCCCAGUCCUAAAGCGAAACAAUCGAUGUGAUGCCCCUGAAAUAUCACUGCUACAGAAUGGAGCAAAGACAAGCACACCACUUGAAAGCAGCAUGAGAAGCCUCGAGAGGAUUGAUACUCCUGUAGAGAACAAAGAAGCCAUUAAGUCAUCUGAAUUUGAGUUAAAUGCCGAGGAGAAACUAGCUCUUCUGGAGAAGGGUAUUGAUCUAAAUAACAGCGCACAGCAAUACCAGAAAUUGCUCAAGAUUGGCAUGAAUGAGAAUGAGCUUGCUGCCGAGGGUCUGAUACUGGGUUCAGGUGGGGUGACUAAAACUAACAGUAGUGUUGAUGGAAUGUUUAUUGCAGAGCCAUCGGAAAAUACUUCGGAAAGUAGUGCAAAAGUAACAGAACAUUUAAAGAAUGGAAAUGAGAUCCCUAUACCCUUCCCUCAAUAUCAAAUAAAUGGCUGCACGGAAGAAGCUAAAAGCCCUCAACCCCACAUAGAACAUGGAAAACAAUAUUCACCUGGCCUAUAUUCAGGUGGUGAUGCUGCAUUGUCUCGGAGCACGGAAGAGUUGUCCCCUCAGAGAGAAUGUCCGCGAGGGCCCGUUGUCAAAUCGCACAGUAUAACAAACAUUGAGACAGGUGGUUUGAAGAUUUAUGAUAUUAUCAAUGACAAUGGACCGCAUGAGCAAUGCUUAAUGGCAAAGGGGCCGCCUGGAGCUGGUCAGGGGCAAAACAUAACUCGCAGUAAGUCGGCCAGUCUUCUAAGUGAACAGUCCCUACAGCCAUUCACGGGAAAUUCUGCGUCGUCGUCAGAUAUUAUGUCGAGCAAAAAAGCGGUGUACACCUUUGAUCAAAAUUUCAACCCUCAAGGCAUCAGUUUGAAGAGAGGUCCUAUGGCUAUUUCACAGAUGCCUCCUGUACCUCAAUACAAUGUCCAGUACAGCAGUAGUGCAUUACCCAAAGAGAACAUGUGGCCACAGAGGCCAGCCUUUCAUACAGAGCAAGGUAGUGCAGUUUCCCAGCACCACCUGAGGUCAGAGACACUUGACAAUGCCAAUUAUGUAAAGCAUUCGGCAAAUAUGAACUUCUCCAAUCGCAACAAUUCCCAGUCCAGCAUUCCCAAUUACAACAUGCAGCAGAGGAUGGGACCUCGGCAGAUGGAGAUGUGGGGCUGCCCGCCAAAUGAGAGGCUGAUUCAGACUAAUCAGAGGACCACCUUGCAAAGGCAGAGCAGCGUCUCAUCCAAUUCUUCCGUCACGCUUCCGGAAACCCUUCACUGCAGGCGGUUUCCAGUCCCGGAGGCGGAUUAUAUGACUUACAGGGAUUUGCACACGCUUGGACGAGGGCCCCCGAUGGCUCAGGGUUCACAGAGACCUUUGUCUGCAAGGACUUACAGUGUUGAUGGGCCAUCUGCAGCCAGGCCCCAGAGUGCUCGGCCACCAGUACCCGAAGCCCCAGAGAGAACAAUGUCCAUCAGCGAUUUCAAUUACUCACGGACUAGUCCCACCAAAAGACCGAAUAUGAGAGUGAAAUCUGAGCAUUCUCUUUUGGAUGUACAGGGGAUCAAUAAGGUUCCACCUGAUUGGAGGGAGCAGGUGUUGCGUCACAUUGAAGCCAAAAAACUAGAGAAGAGCAUGCUGUCUAGGUCGUUUAAUUUCAAUUGUGCUGCUUUCAGCAGCAUGCACUCUGGAAGCUGUAGGGAACUGCACGACAGCCAGGGCAACCUUGCCUUGAGUGUUGCAGAUGGAAGGAAUUCCGGAGUGCACAUAUUCCGUUAUCCAUCACAAGGUAACAGUAUCGGCGACCCAAGUCUAGAUGAUGUCUUCAGCAUUGGCCUACAGAACUACUCGCCUGGCACAGUCAGUAUGAAAGAUAUACCUCCAGACAAUAUAAGAAAAGUGCCUUUGACAAAUGGCCAAAUGUACCAACCUUCUAGAGUCCCAGUGAACUGCAACCAACCCAACCACACAAUGUCCCAAGCAACCGUUGGGAGGCAUCCUUCCAGGGAGCAACUGAUUGAUUACCUAAUGCUAAAAGUAUCUCACCAACCACCAUAUACUCAAGGAGCUUCCACAAACCAUCUGAUGAGACAGUGUCGUGAUAUUGUACAGCAAGAGAUGCAUAUUAAAAUAGAUAAAAAUCCUGAGUUGGGUUUCAGCAUAUCUGGAGGUAUUGGAGGUCGAGGGAACCCCUUCAGACCUGAUGAUACAGGUAUAUUUGUAACUAGAGUUCAACCUGAAGGUCCAGCUUCAAAACUGCUUCAGCCUGGAGAUAAAAUAGUUCAGGCUAAUGGGUACAAUUUUGUGAAUAUUGAACAUGGACAAGCAGUGUCACUAUUAAAAACCUUCCAGAAUGCAGUGGACUUAAUUAUCCUGAGGGAAGUUGCAUCCUAAUGAUGAAUUAUGGACAAUAAGAAGAAAUCAACCAAUGUGAUCAGUUUUUAUAAGUAAUUCUGUAGCAAAAAAUGCAGCUGAUAUCACUUUUUUUACUUGGAGACGCGGGAGGAUCAAUGGACGGUUCAAUUUGUUGGUUGAGUUUAGUCUGUAUAAUGUAUUGGCAGUGUAGAGCUUGGGUGUAAGGGGCACAACCACUCUGUAUGAUAGGGGUGCAGAUGCAGAGACUGAAAUAGGUUAUAGAAACAAAUACAGCAGGGUGAAGAAUUAACAUAGCAAACAUCAAAAUCACUCUUAAUAUGAACAAACCUGUGUGCUUUUCUGUACAGAUUUUAGGUUUUAUUUUUGGAUAAUCUUAUAUAUUACUAAAGAAACUGUACAAGGCUUAAGUAGUGAGCCUGAUUUCUGCUCAGGGACAGGUGGCAGGGCUAUCUGUUCUGUAGAUUUAAGCCUUUUAUUUUUAAUCACCUUUGUAUAAUUGUUAAACGCUGAAACCACUGGGUAAGAUGUACAGGAGCUGGAAAAUGGAUGUGUGUACAGUGUUUAGACGAAUGGGUAGAUGUAUGGUUUGAGCAUAUACAAUUAAGUGACCUUGCUUGGGAGUAUCUGAAAGAACUGAGUCUGGGGCUAGGCUACCAAAGUAAGUAUUUGAUGGUUUGAUGAUGGAGAAGGUAUCAUUGAAAGUUAGACUGGGGAAGGAAACAGCAAAUUAAACCUGUCUGUGAUGAUCUGUUUCUCUAAGUUCUGAAUAGUGAAUUGGAUUCUUCAAGAACAGUCUUACUUAAGGGUUCUUAGUCCUUUUGCAAAGAGGAGGGAAUGUGGUUAUGCUGCCUACUACUCUAAGAAUGUUAUUUUAUUACACUUAUAAUUUCUAGUGCAUUUGGCCAACAUUUUAAAUAAAAACUUUCUAUCUUUACUAAAAAAAAAGGAUAUAAUUAACAAUAAUGAUGCAUAUUGAUCAGCUUUGUGUAUCACAAUAAAAGUGCCAUACGAGACCAAGAAUUAUCUUUUAAAAUGCAGGUUAAAAACUCUGCUAAAAAGCAAUACUGUAAGUCUAUAUAGUGAAGAGGGUGUAGAUCUGAUAUUAUGAAUUUUAAAA